GUACCAUUCACCAGAACAACAGGAAAAAAGGAGGAAGAGGAAGAUACACUCUAUGAAAUUUCUGUAUUUAAUCCUUUUUUUGAAAAGACUUCUAUGGGUCCUUGGCGUUUGAACGAUGCAAAUCACAAAGAAAUCGAGAUCACCUUUUUGUCAAUGAAGAAGGAAAAUAUGUGGAAGUUGGAGACAAGUGCUAGAGUGGUCGAAGAGGAACUAUAUAAUAUUAGCCGUGUCCACUCAUUUAUUGUGGAUGUGGAUGACGAGUUAAUAAAGCAGCAUUUUAGUGAAACUGAACAUUUAGAAAUGGAGAAUGAAUGUGUUCCAGAAAUACCACAGCUGUCACAAGGCAUUAUAGGUUAUCUUAUCAAAUUUAACGAUAAAAAAACACUAAAGGAGAUAUGUAAGACAAUUAUUGAACCAGAUGAAAGGUUUGAUAUGAAAUAUGAUCAAGAUGCUUACCAUGAUCUAGAUUACAUUAGAUUUGUGUUAUACACGCUGUAG